AUGCAUUUUUCUCCUCUUGUUUUUCACAUACAUUUCACUCGGUCUUUCUCUCUCUUCUUCCGUUUCUGUAUGCAACUGGCCACAAGGGAGGGGUGGUGGGAGGAGGGAGGAGAAAAGGAGGGCGUGUUUGAAGGGGCGAUCGAAGAGAAAACAGUCAUGUCGUUCUUUUUUGAUGAAGACUCUGGUGAUGAGCCUGCAACGAAACGACACUGCACCGAACAACAGCAACGAGCGCAAGGACGUCCUCAUGGCGGCUUUUUCAACGGCAACGGAGAGAAGGAUGAAGAUGAAGACGAGAGGCCCGUGUUGGCCAGAGCAGGCAGUGAUCGGGUGGGACUGCGACUCCUGCAAGGCAUGCAGAAGCCCACGUCGUCAUCAUCGUCUGUGCUUCUCUCUGGGAAAGAAAAAAUGCGUGUGGUGGAGGCGUACGUGCCCCUCUCCGUGGGAGGGUUCAUGGAAAGCUCCGCAGAGACGGCCGUGGACAACCUCAGCCAAAUAAAGCCUGGCAACGUCAUGUGUCUUCGCAGUCCCGCAUCCUCCGCCUCACAAGCGAGCACCGGAAUGAAUUUUGUAAGGGAGACAGACCUCACAGAAGAGGAAAGACGUUACGGCAAGCGACUUUCUUCGAACAUGACGCAGGAGCUCUUUGAGGUGGGCCGCGUGGACCGCGACACGGGAAUGCUGGAGGCCAUCUUUCUUGACGGAACGCGAAGGAAUUUAAAGGCAUAUGCCGUGCGUCCCGCUGGAUUUGUGGAGAAGGAACUUUUUCGGCAGUGGAAGCGCGACCCCAACUCUCGCCCGGUGCGAACUGUAUACGCAGCGCCACAGGACGCGAACGCAUCACCGUCCCUUUCGUCAACGACGCAAACGACAAGAACAACGGCUGUUGACUCCGCCAAGAGGAAAAACAAUACGGCUGCAGUGGAACUGAUGCCGUGGUGGGUGAGUCCCCAGCUCAUUGUGCGGGUUGUCGAGAAGUCUGCGGGAGAUCUGUUUGGGAAAAAGUUUGUGGUGAAAUCCCUCUCCCGCAAGGAGGGAAAGAUACGACUGGCGCCAUGGCAGCGGUCCGCAGGAAACGGCGAGUCCGCAGAGAACUCCCCGGUUGACAUUGUGGGGUGUGAGGCGUUGGAGACGAUCGUACCCAAGGUGGGCGAACAGGGCAUCAUUGUGCUUGGAAAUAUGCGUGGAGAGCUGGUGAAGGUUAUGGAACGGCACCGUGACGUGAAUGGAGAACUUGCGUCGCUGAAGGUUUGCUCUACACUGACAGGGAACGAGUUUACCGUCGGGCCGCAUGAAGUGUGUCAGCUGGCCUGCCCACGGCCCUAA